AUGGCCAGUGGAAACAGGGUGGCCCCGCCGCCUACCGCCGACGAGCCCUCCGACACAGAAAAAGCCCCUGUCGUGAGCUCCUCGACCAAUCGGCCAGCAGCUCCCUCGCUGUGGAAGGCAUGGAAAUAUAUCUUCGAUUGGUACCCAAGCCACUAUUCAGAUGAGGAGCGCAGGCUUUUGCGCAAGCUGGACUGCUUCAUUAUGCCGCUGUGCUGUCUGAUGUUUUUCAUCAAAUGGCUUGAUCAAGGCAACAUCAAUAACGCGUAUGUUUCGGGCAUGAAGGAGGAGCUCCACCUGAGCGGGAACCAGUAUUCCCUGUUUGGGACAUUCUAUAAUAUAGGAUAUCUCCUCUUUGAGAUCCCAUCCAUGAUGCUGAUCUCGCGGCCGAGCCUGUCCCGCUACUAUCCGCCGACCAUGGAGCUUCUCUGGGGAAUCGUGACAUUUUGCCAGGCACGCCUGCGCAACGAGCACGAUAUCUUUGGCAUCCGGUUUCUGAUGGGUGUGCUCGAGACCCCGGCGGCCUCGGGCAGCAUCUACAUUCUGACCUCAUGGUACCGCGCUGAUGAGGUUUUCAAAAGAGCGGGAGUGUGGUACGUGAGUAGCAAUGUCGGCUCAAUGUUCGGAGGAUAUCUGCAAGCUGCCGCGUACACCAAUUUGAAUGGUGUUUUGGGUAUGGACGGCUGGCGCUGGUUGUUCAUCAUACAACUUGCGCGCGCCCGAAUGGGCGAUGAUGGCGUCAAGGAGAGCAGGAAGAUAGGAAAGCGCAUGCUCAAGCGCGUGUUUACGCACUGGCAUUUCUACAUCGCUAUCACCACUUACAUCUGCUUUCAGUGUACCACCUAUGUUGGCGGGCAAAUGGCCCUGUGGCUAAAACACGAGGCUGAAAAACACGGCACUUACACCAUCCCGGAGAUCAACACAAUCCCAACUGGUGUUCAGGGAGUCGCUGUAGUGACCGGCAUCCUUUCGACCUCUCUUUGCAUGGUCUACCCGAUCUGGACCACCUUUACGGUCGCAACCGUAGUUCUUCUCUUUUCCAAUGUCGUUCUUCUUGUGUGGGACAUUCCAGUAGGGCUUCAUUUUACGGCCUACUAUCUUUUGGGAAUGACCUCUUGCAUUACUCCAAUCCUGUUUCCUUGGGUUAAUAUGAUCAUGAAAGACGAUGCCGAAGCUAGAGCCUUCACGACGGGAGCGAUGAUGACCUGCGGCUGGAUCUUCUUUUCCUUCUAUCCAAUCACGGCCUUCCCCGUUCUCGAGGCACCCAAGUGGCGCAAGGGCUUUACUGUCAACACAGUUUUGACUGUCGCUUACUGGUGCUUGUUUAUGUUGGGACAGUACCUGUGGACGCGAGAGCUGAAGCGACGCCAAAGCCAGGAGGUUGUCGAUGGAGACAUGGUUGAGACAGAGAAGGAAGCCGAACUAGGCGCGUCAAGCAACCAUGUUGAAACCACAGCCAAGGAUGAGAUCAAGGCUGAGAGAGUGUGA